AUUUAAAGUGAUUUACUGGUUUUUGUUAACCGCAGAAACCACUAAUUUCUUGUUAAACCAAAAUUAUCACGACUGAUUUUAUUUUGAUAAUGUUACUUAUAAUAAUUAUUCAAUUUAAAUUGAAUUCAAAUCUAUAAGUUCUAAGGCAAAACGAUUACUAUGUUCAUAGUAGUCAAUUUUACACCCAUGUUUUUUAAUUUGUUUAUUAGCUAAUAGGAUAAAAUAAAAACAUAAAUAAAGUUAGUUUUUUUAAUAAUACAUUAUAGUUCUUUGAAUAAUCAAGUACAGUUUAUUUUGUGAAAUACCACAAGUUAAAAAUGAACACUUUAAUAGCCAACCUAGAAAAAUCAGACAAACAAUAUUUGGUUAAAAUUAAAGUGCCCAAACUUUGUUUGUAUACAAUGCUUAGUGUAUUUUGCACUUUCAUUUUCUGUAUUUUUUGGACGGUAUGGUUUAAUCUAGAAGAUUCGACAGGGACUCAUUGCAGAGUUAAAAACUAUCUACCGUCAAUAUCAACAGCUAUUGGGAAGUAUCCUGCUCAACAGUUUUUAUGGACUUCGAUAAUAUUUGCUCAUUGUCCUUGCAGGAUAGCCGUUAUUAGUAUGUACUAUCAGUAUUACAGUAAAGUAGUGAAACCGUCGCUCAUGUGGUGCGUUUUACUAAUAUGGGUAUUGAGUAUUAUUGAAAUAUGUUCAUUGGUAUCCCUGUCGAUAUUUACUUCAAUAAAAUACUUCAGCAUCCACGAAAAAAGUUUUUUUACGUUUAUCUGUGCUUCUGAGCUAAAUAUGUUGAUAUCUUGUACGCUACUGAAAAAAGGACGAUGUCCAAAAAUGAUAAUGACAAAAGUAGAAUCAAAAUCAUUAAAGUACAAAAUAUACUUGUCAAUAUUCAACUGUGUGUGUUUUGCAUUUGCCGGUUCAGCCUUUGUGCGUCAUAAUGCUUAUUGCGAGCCUGGAGUGUAUACGAUAUUUGCAUUUUUUGAAUAUUUCAUUGCGCUGAGUAAUAUGGGAUAUCAUAUGACUGCUUCGAUGGAUUUAGCUGAUAUUUCAAUCGUCCUGGAUGAAAGUCUGAAUAUUCACUAUCGAUGAUAAUACAUUCAUCAAAUGUCACACACUCUAGUUUUUAGCACAACUUAGUUGUUAAGUAACUUUUUAAUGUGAUACUGAUACCAGAAAACAAUGUUAAAAGUCUUUUAGUAAAAUUUAUAUUAUUUUCAUAAAUGGUGCAUAAAAUGGUUUACAAACAACUAUAAAUCACUGCCUAACCUUAGUAGUCAUAACUCAUAUGGCAUUAAAAAAAAUAUUUAUUUUGUUACAAUGUUAUUAAAAUUUUUUAAACUGUUUAUGGCCUAAAACUAUUUUAAAACAUUCUCGCAGUACUUUUAAAUAUUGUUUUAUACUUCGAGAAGUCACUACUAUUAUUAAAUUUGCUUUUAAGUAUAGCAUUAUUUUUCUCAUUAUAUCAUUGUCAUCUCAAAAAAUAGGUUUUAAGUGAAUGUUUAACAUUUUAGACGUAUAUUUUAAUAUCUGUUAGUGUUUUUCUAGUGCACAACCAAACCAGACCAUUAUAAAAAUAAAGUAAUUAUUGAAAAUACAAUUUUUGUAAUUAAAGAUCAAAUAAUAAA